AUGUCAUUCAACGACUCCAGUAGUGGUAAUAGCACUUUCUUCGAGGCGGAAGAACAUGUUGAGACCAAGAUAGUGUCCGUUUAUACACCAAUCAUCUAUGGAGCUCUGUUGAUCAUAUACCUAAUGAUCUUUGCAUCUCAGUAUAGAAAGAGACGGAUCAAGAAAAUGGCUGAAUUGCCUUCGAUUUUUGAUGAGAAUGAGGCCAGGAAGUUGUACUUCGAAGUCAAACAGAUGAGUGAAGAACAGACCGUGCAUGAGAAAGUCAUCAAGGCUUUGCUACUCAAUAGAGGUGCUGAAGCAAUUAGAAGAUCUUUCAAAUUGAAGGAGUUAGAACCUCAGAUCAAUAUGUUGUACAAGAGUGGCUCUAUUGGUGAGGAUUACUGGCAACGUUACCAAAAUGAAGUAAAAUUGGCUGAGGUUGAAUUCAAAGAGACUAUGAUGGAAGCAGAAAAUCUACAACAAGGAUGGGCUCAGCUAUUUGUUGCCCUUUGUAAAGAGAUUUGCUUUAACCAGGCUCUUACCAGGCGUUACAAUUCCAUCUUUAAGCGUAAAGAAGUUUGCAUCAAAGAAUGGCAAUUGAAGAUUGAUGGUAAUGGUAGAUUGAUUCAGUAG